AUGAAUCCUCCGAAGCUAUCCAGGUUCCGCUCGCCGCUCGGUCCAAUGCCCCGUCCAGAUCCGACCUCCUCCACAUUAGCAUCUCAUGGAUAA